AUGUCUUCGUCUUCGUCUACCGGGUACAGCAAAAACAAUGCCGCCCGUAUUAAGCAAGAGAAUAUAUUAAGACAAAGAGAGUCGUCCUCUGUCAGUGUUAGCGAUGAACUAUCGAGCAUAGAUGAGAGGGAGGCAGAAGAUUUUUCAAAGGAAAAGCCUGCUGCACAAAACUCACUGUUGCGCCUGGAAUCCGUUGUGAUGCCGGUGAUCUUUACUGUAUUGGCUUUGUUUACCAGAAUGUAUAAGAUCGGCAUCAAUAAUCAUGUUGUCUGGGAUGAAGCACAUUUUGGUAAAUUUGGGUCUUACUACUUGAGACAUGAAUUUUACCACGAUGUUCAUCCUCCCCUUGGGAAAAUGCUUGUCGGGUUAUCAGGAUACUUGGCGGGCUACAACGGUUCUUGGGACUUUCCUUCUGGGGAAAUUUACCCAGAUUAUCUAGAUUAUGUUAAAAUGAGACUGUUCAACGCUUCGUUUUCUGCACUUUGUGUGCCAUUGGCGUAUUUCACUGCGAAGGCCAUUGGAUUUUCGCUACCUACUGUUUGGUUGAUGACUGUGUUAGUUUUGUUCGAGAAUUCGUAUAGUACUUUGGGUAGGUUCAUUCUUUUGGAUUCCAUGCUACUGUUCUUCACCGUGGCAUCGUUCUUUAGUUUUGUCAUGUUCCACAACCAAAGAUCCAAGCCAUUCUCUAGAAAAUGGUGGAAAUGGCUGUUGAUCACUGGUAUUUCUUUGGGUUGUACGAUUUCUGUCAAGAUGGUGGGUCUAUUUAUCAUCACUAUGGUCGGUAUCUAUACUGUGAUUGACUUAUGGACCUUUUUGGCGGACAAAUCCAUGUCGUGGAAAACAUACAUUAAUCAUUGGUUGGCAAGAAUAUUUGGUUUGAUCAUCGUUCCCUUCUGUAUUUUUCUACUAUGCUUCAAAAUCCACUUUGAUCUACUAUCGCAUUCUGGUACAGGCGAUGCUAAUAUGCCAUCACUUUUCCAGGCAAGAUUGGUCGGUUCUGAUGUCGGAGAAGGUCCUCGUGACAUUGCUUUAGGUUCAUCCAUCGUUUCCAUCAAAAACCAGGCUCUCGGAGGUUCUCUAUUACACUCUCAUAUACAAACCUACCCAGAAGGUUCAAACCAACAGCAAGUGACCUGUUAUGGUUACAAAGAUUCCAACAACGAAUGGUUUUUCAACAGAGAAAGAAGUCUACCAUCAUGGUCUCAAAACGAAACUGACAUCGAGUAUUUAAAGCCAGGUACCUCCUAUAGAUUGGUGCACAAAAGUACAGGCAGAAAUUUGCACACCCAUCCAGUUGCUGCACCAGUGUCCAAAACGCAAUGGGAGGUUUCUGGUUACGGUGAUGAUUUUGUUGGUGAUAACAAAGACAAUUGGGUCAUUGAAAUCAUGGACCAGAGAGGGGAUGAAGAUCCUGAGAGGUUACAUACAUUGACCACCGCUUUCCGUAUCAAGAACUUGGAAAUGGGCUGUUACUUGGCUCAAACCGGUAGCAGUUUGCCCGAAUGGGGGUUUAGACAACAAGAGGUCGUCUGUAUGAAAAACCCAUUUAAGAGAGAUAAAAGAACGUGGUGGAACAUCGAGACUCACGAAAACGAAAGAUUACCACCAAGGCCUGAAGACUUCCAAUACCCAAAGACCAAUUUCUUUAAGGAUUUCAUUCAUUUGAAUCUAGCCAUGAUGGCCACUAAUAACGCUUUGUUACCAGAUCCCGACAAAUUUGAUUAUCUAGCUUCUUCAGCUUGGCAAUGGCCAACUUUAAAUGUUGGUUUAAGACUAUGUGGCUGGGGUGACGAAAAUCCAAAAUACUUCCUAUUGGGUACCCCGGUCUCCACAUGGGCAUCCAGCAUCGCUGUUCUUGCAUUCAUGGCAACCGUCAUCAUAUUAUUAAUUAGAUGGCAAAGACAAUAUGUGGACUUAGAAAAUCCAUCUAAUUGGAACGUUUUCCUAAUGGGUGGGUUCUAUCCGCUACUAGCUUGGGGCCUACAUUACAUGCCAUUCGUUAUCAUGUCCAGAGUAACUUACGUCCAUCAUUACUUACCUGCGUUAUAUUUUGCACUGAUCAUUUUGGCAUACUGUUUCGACGCCGGCUUGCAAAAAUGGUCUAGAUCUAAGUGCGGUCGUAUCAUGCGUUUCGUCUUGUACACUGGGUUCAUGGCACUUACAGUCAGUUGCUUCUGGUACUUUUCUCCCAUUUCAUUUGGUAUGGAAGGUCCAAAUAGCAGCUUCCGCUACUUAAAUUGGCUAUCCACCUGGGAUAUUUCCGACAAACAAGAUGCAUGA